GUAACAAAACAUUUAAGCAGGCAAAGGGCUUUUGUUAUUUAUGUUUGGGGAUUGUAGGUGCCCUUAAGUAUGUAAACGGGCUAAAAAAUCAUUUAUUUAUUUAUUUAUUUAUUUUCUGCAGGAUAGAGUUGUGUUUUUGUGUGAGCUAGGUGCUGUCAGGCCAGCUGCCUGACUGGGAUGUUUUGCAGUCAUUCCAGUUUCUUUUAGUAGCUGCAGCAGGUUUAGGUUUAGGGACCCUUGGCUCUGGCCUGGCACACCGCACAGGCCCCAGGCUCUGUGGGAUCUCUGCAGCAACCGCAAGGCUCCAAGGUCUCUGCUGGGAGCUCAGCCCUGCUUAACCCAUAUUGCAGCAGGCUUUGGGACCGGGUGCUAGUCCCUGGUCAAUCUAGGAGCAAAGCAGGCAUCCAAACUUUGCAAGAAAAUUGGAUUAGAUUCAUGGAACCUGAGAUGUUCUGGAUGAAACUCUGUAUGCCUUUCUUGGUGAACCAAGGCUUUGGAAGAUUUCUGACCAGCUCUGCUGCUCACGUCUCCACUCAAGGAAUGGAAAUAUCCAGUGCCACACUGCAAACACAGCACAGAGAGACAGCUCCCUGCCUCAAAAUCGUGGGCUCUCCAGUAUGGGUUGGUCUUUCUGGCUUCCUUCAUGAGUUCCCAGUAUGAUCUAUGCCUGUAUCAUUCCUUGAGUCUUUCAUCUUUAGUCCGCAUAAUGUCCUCAUUACACUGUGAGUUUUUUGUGUUUUAAUGCUGUUGUUGCAAGGAACUUAAAGUGUUAGAGGACAGAAGCAGGACACAAUUUAUGUUUAGUAUUUUCUCAGUGAAACCAGCAGCUUUUCUGGCUGCGUCCCCAGUCUUGAUGGUGAUAUGUUUCUCUCUGCUCCAGGAUAAAAGCAGCACCUGCAUAAUAACCAGCUCUGAGAUGGUAUCUUCUGGGCAGCCUGUUUAACAGAUUAUAGGUUGAGCAAAUUAAAAGCAAAUGGGAAAGGAACAAUAACAAGCAGAUGAUUUUGCUGGCACUUUCACUAAGAGGUCAGGGCAUUUAAUUCUUGAGUAGCUCUAUAAGAAGCUGCCAACUAUUUUUCUCCAUCCUUUACAUUGACUUUCUUUCUGUCAUCUCGGCUGAAUGCCUCGCAGGGCUGGAUGCAGCCGCGGUGUGGGCAGGCACCUGGUGCACCAUGAGGAGGAGGCUCAGAGCAUCACCUCUGCUACUCCCCAUCACAAACCAGCACAGCAAAUCUGACCCUGGCAAUUCCCUCUCCCCUGGGAGCACCAGAAACCAGUUCAGAUGCACUGAUAACUUACUGGCAUAAACCAGAAUCCUACAGAGAUUUCUGACACCCUAAAAGACUCUUAUCUUCCCCAGUUUUCCCCUCCUGCCUGUUGUGGAGAGCAGGGAGAGCUUACAGUCCACUCCAGAUCCUGUCUUCUGGAAGUGAGCCUCGGCAUUGAGAGAAUAAAACUUUGCAGCAGACCCAUCAAUUCCUGUGUAAUGUUUCCUCUGAAUCCUCCUGGAUUAUACAGCAGACAAGUCCUGCUUUCUUCUGCUACUCCCUCCUGACACAAACACUUCUGCCACUUGAGUAUUAGAGACAGCUUUAUGUUGCCCAUAAAACAGGCUUGAUGUCAGCUCAGUCCCUCAGCUGCCUUUUCUGUUUCUCAUUCAGAUGAUGGGAGGCUUGAAGCAAGGUGCAGAGCAGGAGAGUUCAUGGCUGAGGUAAAGAGGCUCAAAAUGUAAUUAAUUGUGUUUUGCGGAAGGGGUGAGCAAGGUGCAGAGAGACUGUGCCAUACGUAAGGUGCUAUGUGACACCCAAACCAUCAAUAACACCUAACACGAGUUACUGAAGGUUGAAGAGCUCCAGGCUGGGACAGCACAAUCCAGCCCCCCUGGGUGAUCCCUGGAGGAGACAAAUGAGUAAACUGGACAUGAAAGAUCAGAAAACAGCACUCAGGCUGAGCCAAGGGGUGGGCUAUUUCUUUAUUCGCAAGGCUAUUGCUGUUCCCAGAGGACAAAUGGCCACACCUGAAAUAGUCAUGGACUUCCAGGCAUUGAUCCAGAGUGCUUGUGGAGCUCAAGCCAGGAAAAUAGUCUUGAAUGGUUAAAAGGUGUAAAUUACUUUAAAUUAAUCAUUGAUUUACUCCUCCUCCCCAGAAGCUGGAUUCCGUGUCACUGAAUGAGGAAUAAGCUCCUGUUGCACACAGAACUGUAAGAGAAAUGCUCAUAUUCAGCAUUUCAGCCUCUAUUUCUUUCUGUGAGGCAUCUACCAUUUCCCGCUGAGAUGAGUAGGUGUUGUGCAGUCCCCAGCAGCGAGCAGAAAAUCUCCAAGGGCAGUACAAAUGUGUUUUCAACCCUCCCAGCAUCGAUUAUACCCAUUAAGAAAAGCAGAGGAGCCAACAGAUUUCCCCCAGGUGAGGUAGGGAUGGGGGGAGUGUUUCCCUCCGAUCUUUACAAAAUGGGGUUAAACGUGACAAAUGCCCAGCUGAGCCUGCCACUCUCCUGCACCCAGGGGUGGUGAGAGCAGACGGACGGUGCUCGCCCUGCAGCUGGUUUCAGUCGUGCUCCCUGGGAGCCAAAUUCACUGCUGCAGUGUAAAUUAUGGGAUCAGUUUCUCCUGGGCGAGCUGAUGGUAAAAGACAGAGAAGAUGUGGAGCUUGUAAGGAGAGAGAGGCUCUGGAGAAGAUGCUCCAGCUGGCUGAUGAGCUGUUUCCCUGGUGUUGGCUUCUGUUGUAGCAGCCCAAUAGCUGGGUAGGAGAGGGGUCAGGCUGUGGGCACUUACAGGAGGUACCCCCAGUAAUUUCGUUGGAGGAAAUGUCAGGAGAAAGGUAACAACAAAAGCUACAGGCUGCCCAUGCUCCUCCAGGUGUUACCGCUCUGGGUUCGCCUACUCCCCCACCUGCUAACUUGGCAUGAACCUUCAGCGUUGCAUGCUCCAGAAGGGAGACUGACUCUCCUUUGGCUGGCAGAGAGGACCAUGACAUGACAGAGGAGAAAAAACUGGGUGUCUGUGGGCUGGGAGAAUAAAGCCAGAUAGCUUCAGGCCUGCUCUUCAAACGAAGCUCCUUGCUAAUUAUUUUGUCAGUGGGAGCCUUUGAGAAUUAAACACAGGAGACAUAAUCUCUCUGCAAGAUAGGUAAACACUGCUGCAGAAAUUGGCCUUGCCCUCUUCUGGAUUGCCAGAGCACCAGGCCAUUAGGCAGAGCUGGAUCCUGCUAUCGUGCAAACCUUCAGACGGAUGUAGUGGCAUUUACAAUUGGUGUGGAGCAACAGCAGAUUCAGCCUGGUGCUUCCUUCCCUUAAGAGGCAAUUAAAAUGUGAAUGCACAGAGAGGUGCCUGUUUGGAGACCUCAUGAAAACCUGCAGGGGAGUGUUUCUGUGCAUCAAAUGGGAAUUAGCAGCUUCUCCAGAGGAAAGUGCCUGCUGUCAGCGGAGGGUUGGGAUUUUGCCUCUGAGGAUGGCAGAGCUUCCCCAUUUCUGAUCUGGCUUAUAGGGCUGAUCCCACUGAGCACCGUGGAGCCACACUGGGAGUUCAGCCACUCCAGUUUCUACCCAGCAACAGUCAGCAAACACCAAAUGCCAGUUCUGCUGCACGUGGGACCGUCUCUCAGACAUGCUACGUGGAGAUCUUCUCCAGAAAGCCCAACCAAUGGUGUACACUUCUACCACUUUUCUGGGAGGGAUGAGUAUGCUGAGCCAUUUUGAACUCAUGUUGCAGGGCCAGAGAAUCCUUAGAGGAGACACUGGAUCUCUGGAAGGGUUUGAAAUGAGAUUUGCCUGUUAUUUCUUUCCAGAAGCUUUUCUAAUGCCCUCCUGCCCUCUUGCCCAUGUUCUAGUUUGCUGUAGCUAAGGAGGAAGCUUGGCUUUUGCCUGAAUUUUUAUGCUGACCUGUGAGGUGAAAUGCAAUAUGUUGCAGCAGAAGAUGCUGCUGUAUUGAGUGCUCGGGCUGGAGUAGUGCCUGGAGAAUAGAGAGGAGAAGUAAGUGUUCAUUCCUCUUCAGAGAUUUCUCCUUUGACCUUUGUUUUUCUCCAUCUCUGUGCUACCUUUCUUUUUUCCCUCUCUCUAGAGAGCAUGAAAGCAAUCAUUUUAAAAAGGGGCGAAUGAUUCAUGUUCGAUCAGCUCCAGCCUGCUCCGUAUAGGAUUCUUCUGCAGUGAGCCAGAGAAGAGCCUCUGUGGAGUUGUUGCUGGCAACAUCCCGGCUAGUCACAGCCGUGUGGCCAUGGAGAGCAGGUGAGGGCAUGCAAGCGUCUGCGCUGCCUAAGCCAAGGAAGGAUGACCUGUACUCUGCUCGGCACACAGCUCGCAGCCUGCCUCUUUUCCUCCGGGCACCAGCUCUGCCAUCAGACAGCGGCUGGCAGCUCAAUGUGGGAGUGAAGAGCUCGGCUGUGCUUACAUCGGGGUCUAGCAUCAGGGAAAAUUUUCAUAGGGAUGCCAGCAGCACCUUUGAGCGUACCUGAGAUCCGAUUGCUGGGGUAGAUUUACAUCUAAGUUUUUUUAUCUUAUUUUAUUGUUUUUAUUUUUUUCUAAUUUCUGGACUUUCCAGCUCUUACACCCAUAGCACAUCCACCCCUCGGAGGUCCUGUCUCAGCACCCCCCAGCCCGGAGUUACUCCAGCAUCCCUCGGGGCAGUUUUUUUUUCAUUCCACUUCCAACUCUUGCCCCCAGCCCCUCACCGCCCUGCCAGCAGUGGCCGAGAGACCCCUGCUCCCGUGGUCUUCACCCCCGGAGGCCAAUUCCCAGCCGAGAGUGUCCCCCCUUUUUGUCGUGCCCCCCCCUCCACCCCCCCGGUACCGCGGCUUUGUUCUGCGCAGCGGUCGCGGGGGGGAGUGGGGGGGCUCGGGGCUGUCCCUAGCGGAGGCCGCCCGGGGGCUUCCUCCGCCGGGGAAGGGGCUGCUGUGCCUCGGGCACCCCAGGGGGCGGGAGCUGUAGCCUGGAAGUAGAAAAGGAGGACUAAAAAAGAAGGCAGGGGGAGAGAGGCUGCGAGCCUGCCGGGCGGCGCUGGCCGCCGCAGGGAGGAAGAGGAGGCAGGGGAGGAUGCGAUGCUGCGGCUGAGCCCCGCCGGAGGAGGAGGGCAGCAUCCUCCGAGGGGAAGGAGAGAAGAGGGCAGGAGGCAGCUGAGCUCGCCCGGAGCCUGCUGAGCCCUCCGGGGAGCCUGCUGGCACCCGAGGAAAGUUUCCCGAAGAGAGAGGAGGCGGCAUGUGAGAGCCUCGGGCACCGCAGAGCCGGCGCUGCAGGGGACACCCGGGGCACCCGCUGCCUCCGGCUCCAGCCCAGGGCUGGUGAAAGAAGAGUCAGGGCUCCAGCUCACAUCAGCGUGCCAAGGUUCCCAGGCAGAAUAAAAGGACACUGCUGGAAAAAUAUCCAUAUUGUUAGCCCAGCUAAUGGAGAAAAUGCCUUUUAUCUCCUGCACAUUGUCUGUUCUGAAAAAAUCUUUGCCUGCAGAGAGGUUUCCCUAGACAGACAUCCCCAGAUGAGGAAGAAUUGAAUCCUUCAGUGCGCUCGUGCCUGUCAGCUCCAGCUGAUGUCUCACUCAACAGAAACUUCACUGGAAGUUCACUGCUGCACUUCAUUCAGGUCUGAACAAAACCCCGAGUAAAGGCAAUGAGAUGUGACACUGGAAAGAGCAGCAGAGAGAGCUUUGCCUCAGCUGGAGGGAUUUCAAGGUAGCAGGAGACCAGUAGCAGCCUUCUCAGCACAGUGUGCGCCCUGCAAGGACUGAAGUGACCUCUGAGACACACCUCAACAUGUUCAGCGAAAAGAGCAGUGCCUCUUUGACCCAGAAACCCAUCCAGAAGAAGACACGACCUCAGGGCCUCCCCUCCCCUGCUCUCUGCUGCGCGUGUGGACUUUGCAUCAUGCUGGCAGGGAUCAACAUCACAUUAGUGGGAGCAUUUGCAUUCGGGACCUUCCUCCCCGUGAACAACCCCCCCAUCAUCAUCGGACCCAUCUUGCUGGUGGUGGCCUUCACCUUCUUCGGGGCCUGCUGCAUCUGCAGCCGGAGGCCGCCAGCUCACGGGGCCAGAAAAUCCAAGCCAGGAUCCAACAUUGGUCUCAUCAAACCUGGCAACACGGCCUUUGAAAUUGAAACGAGUGAGCACACGGUGCAGGACACCACCGCUGUCCAGCUGAGCCCCACCAACUCCCCCAUCUCCUCGAAGAAGUCCACGCCAGUGCACGAGAGCACGAAGACUUGCAAGCUCUUCACCAUGGAGGGCAAUGGGCCGGUGGCCAAGUACACGACAGGAGGAGAGGCGAUACAGCUCAACUUGCCCAGGGACCUGGCCGCAUCCUAAACCCGGGCAGAGCUUUUACCAGCAGCCAGCCAGACACUGCAAUGGGUGGGCUGGAGUCUGAGGCUGAGGUGCUUGUGGAAAGCCAGCAGACAGGCUUCUCUGAACCAAUUUAAGGAAGAGGGAUGCCACUGCAGGAAAACUCCGGAUUUUUGCUGAAAGGAAUGUGCCCGUUACUUGGCUUCACAAAGAAAAUUGCUAAUGAUAUUGCUGUGAAAGGACGAACUGAAAAGUUCCUGGGAAAAGAACGGCUUUUUGGGUAGCAGAGUGGAUGAGGAGAAUGAGUUAAUUUGUCUAGCAGAAGGUGGAAAUGUGGUGGUUGAAGGAGGGGCUACACGGGGUGCUGACAAAUGACAGCAUUUUUUUUUUUUUUCAGAAGUGAAGCAAUUCUUGAAUGUAAUAGAAGAAGGAAUGCAGUAAAUUACAGCUUGCUGCCACUCAGUCACAAGAAGAUUUCAGCAUUUUAGAGCUGGGCUUUUUGGCAGUAGGGACAAAAUAUCUGUGUUUACUGUAGAAAAAGCAGUGUGAGACAAUCUCCCCUCCUUUGAAAAUCCUUGCCCCAUUUCUCCUUCAGUUGGGUGACUUUACCAUCCAUGAUAAGAGAUGAUGAAUCACAGGGAUCGCAAUUAGCACUGGCAUUUUCCUCCAGUUUUAAUCAUGCUGGGCUGUAGUGGUGCUGCUCAGUGCAGUGUGCAUCUUGGGAGGUCAGCAGGGCCAGAUCCUUGGGGACAAGCUCCUGGGGUAAUCGGAGGCUGGGAGAGCCUGUAAAUGAAAUCUUUGGGCAAUGAUGAUAUCCUGAGUGCUGCGAGGAGGCAUCUUUCUUUCCAUCAUUUUAUGGAAGACUGGACUGGGACACAUCAGCUUGGGGCAGGGGGGGAAAUAAUUGUAUGGGCUUCAGUAUGACUGUGCCGGAAGGUGCAAACUAUCUCCUUUCCUGAGGUGCCUGCUGGACCCAUUGCACAGUGGGCGUUCAGGUGUGGAACUCCCUGCUGCAGGAAACCAGCUGCUAAAGGUGCACCUGGGCUUGCGGAGCAAUGAAUUUGCAGAAGAAAAUUCCUAAAGAGCUGUUCAAGGCAAAGGCAACAGGAUAAAAUGCAGAUGUUGCUUGCCCAGAGUGCCCUCCCAGCCUCCAACCAAGGCACUAUUGCUUGGGAGCUUCCUGAGCUGGAAGUGGUUCCAUGUUUUUAGUAGUCCUGAAUUGAUUUUUUUUCUUCUUUUACUCCUUGAGUGUUUCUCAGCUUUUAUCGUUUAUGCUCCUGCAGCAAGGAGUUGUACAGCUUAGUGAGAGGCUGUAAA